UGUGGCGCCAUCUUGGCCCGUUCUUGUCGCAUUUCUUUUUCUCGUGUCACACUCGGUGUUAGAAUACUUUUCCGUAAAUAAAAUGAUCAUUUAUUAAUAUAAAAACUAGUAUUUGCGUGAUAAUCGUAUAAUUUUAUGUGAUGUCAAAUACUGUACAGUGAUAGUCUAUUGUAUAAUUCAUAAACUCGUUGUGUGCAAAAUGACUACAUCAACCACAACAACUACUCAAAACCAACCGAAGAAUAAUGGAACAACAUCUGCGAAACCACAAAAGACCUAUGGGAAGAUAGUUUUGACGCUGCACAAUUGCCUUUUGCCGGAAUCGACGUUCAAAGAGACACCCUCACAAGCCGAUGGGUUGGACAUAGACACGGAAACCGAUCUUCGUAUUUUAGGAUGCGAGAUGAUACAAACUGCUGGUAUUUUACUUAAACUGCCGCAAGUCGCAAUGGCCACCGGUCAGAUGUAUCUGCAAAGGUUCUAUUAUUCGAAGUCCUUCGUGAGAUAUCCGAUGGAAACAACAGCAAUGGGAAGUAUAUAUUUGGCCUCGAAAGUCGAAGAAAAACCUUGUAGAAUCCGUGACGUAAUCAACGUCUUUCAUCACAUAAAACAAGUGAGAGCUCAGAAGACGAUAUCUCCAUUAAUAGUCGAUCAGAAUUAUAUAGAACUGAAAAAUCAGGUUAUAAAAGCUGAGAGACGUAUUUUAAAGGAAUUAGGGUUUUGUGUGCAUGUAAAACAUCCCCAUAAACUUAUUGUAGUUUAUCUCCAGUUACUCCAAUAUGAAAAGAAUAAACAAUUAAUGCAAAUGGCAUGGAAUUACAUGAAUGAUGCAUUGAGAACUGAUGUAUUCAUGAGGUUUCCCCCCGAAACUAUAGCCUGUGCUUGUAUAUAUUUAACUGCUCGUAAAAUUGGAUUACCACUACCAAAUAACCCGCAUUGGUUUUUAUUAUUCAAAGUCACUGAGGAGGAGAUCCGUGAUAUUUGUGUAAGAAUUCUACAACUGUAUAAGCGGCCGAAAGUCAAUCCAGAAAGUUUAGAAGGUAAGGUGGAUGCUCUGCGGAAAAUACAUCAAGCGAACAAGCAAAUACAAGCGCAGAAGGAGCGGGAAGCUAGAAUGGAGGAGAAGAAAGCUGAAGCGUCAACUUCAUCUACUUCUAAGGAUAGUAAACGGGAAUCGAAAAACGAAAAGUCGCCGAAAACACCUCCACUGUCAUCAAAGUAUCAUACAAGUCAUAAAAAGCGGGAGAGGAGAUCACGGUCACCAUAUGACCGCAAACGAGAAUAUCCCAGUAAGAGGCAUAAAUCGAGAUCUCGUGACCGUGAAGUUGACCGCUCAAGAGAGAGGCGUUCAGAUGACAAGCGCAGUCGAACAUCAUCAAGGAAGUACGAUGAUUAUGAACGAUCUAAGUCCAGCAGGGAUAGUAGGGAUGAAAAGAGGAAGCAUUGAUAUAUCAAUUUAAUAAAUAAAGACCAUUUUCAGUCAA